AUGUUGAUCAAGGAGAGCUACGCGGACGUCAAGACCUCUGCCAAUGGCAAGGAGUCGACGAUGAGAAUCUUCCUCUUCCACCCAACCAUUGCCGGAUAUCCCAAUGCGCGCUUCCCCGGAGUUGCCCUCUUCAGCGAAAUCUACCAAGUGACCGGCCCCGUUGCCCGCUUCGCCCGCCAAAUCGCCGGUCAAGGCUACAUCGUCGCCGCCCCGAGCAGCUAUCACGACUUUACCGGCCCCGAGCCUCUCGCCUACGAUGUUCCCGGCACCGAUCAAGGCAACGAGUGGAAGGUAGUCAAGACUUUAGACUCGUACGAUGAGGACUCGCGCAGCACGGUCGACUACCUCCUGUCUCUGCCGACCUGCACCGGGCGCAUUGGCGCGACGGGCAUGUGCCUGGGAGGACAUCUUGCCUUGAGAGCUGCUCUCGACCCUCGUAUAACCGCCGCCAUUCCCUACUUCGGCACCGACAUCCACUCGCGCACCCUCGGCCCCAACGAUGGUCCCAAUACCUCCCCUACCGCUCCCGCUCCUCGCCCUGACUCGACAACCGCGUCCGGUUUCGUUGCUCCUCACACCAUCGACCAGUUCGAGAAGCUCCAGCACUGCGAAGUAGCCUUGAUCUUUGGCAUCAAGGAUACACACGUGCCCGACGCCGGUCGUGAUCUGAUCCGCGCCAAGCUCAGAGAAGCCGGAGUGACAUUCAGCUUCUACGAGUUCGCGUGGGCGCAGCAUGCGUUCAUCAGGGACGAGUUGAGCAAGGGACGGUACGAUCCAGCCAUCACCAAGGUCUGCUUCGAGGUAUUGUUGGAGACUUUUGGACGGGUGUUGAAGACGGACCUGGGUCAGGGAACGGGGGAGAAGGAGGAGGUGGAGCACGUCUGUUAG